AAAGUAUUUUCCUUUUUUAGGCAGGUGUGGUUGCCCUACAAAAACAAAAGGCAAAACCUCUCCUUUCCUCAUCCUCCUCUUGCCCUCCCCAUAAAAACCUCCGCUCCCAAACAAGGAGCGCCUCACCUACUGCUCCUCCCUCAGGCAGCGCCGCGCCGCCCUGCCGGCGCUUGCCAUUCCCUCUCUUCCGGCGCCCGGGCAUGGACGUGCACCCGUCGAAUGCGGCCGCCAACUCGCUGGGAGAUUUGUUCCCUCACGAGCCCGCCUUGGAAGGUGACGACAGCAGCCUUGAGUGGCUCUCUGUGUAUGUAGAGGACUGCUUUUCUAGCUCUGUGUCCUACGCAAACCCUAUCUCCGUAAAACCAGUAUCUACAAUGGCAAAUCAAAGUGCUGGAAAACCGAAAUUACUCCCACCUUCAUCUUCCAACGGCAGAAAAAAGAGAAGGAGCCUAGCCUCUGUUAUGAGCGAUGAAGAUGAUGGUCAAGAAUAUUUCCCAUUGUUUGUUGAGCCACCGCUGCUCCUACUCGAUCAGCAACAUUGGCUGGCAGAGAGUGAGCUGAUCCUCCCAAGGAAAGACAAAGACCAAGAACUUGGCCAACAACAAGAGAAAGAACAGGAGGAAGAGAAGUGCGAGAAGGAUGCAGGAAUGCAGUUCCAGCAAGAGCGGCUGGUGAAGCGUUGUAGCAACUGUUUGUCAAACCAAACACCGCGAUGGAGGCAUGGUCCGUCAGGGCUUACGAUGCUGUGCAAUGCUUGUGGCCUGAGGCUUAAGCCAGAGAAUAGGUUCACCACCGUUUCGAAGCAGUGUGACCAAGGAACCAACAGAGAACAAGAGCUAGGAAAGCGGCGAGGAAAGAAGAAGAUCAAGAAGACUGCAAAUGCCAGCGAGGAGUUGCCACCAGAGCAGCCGGUGAAGAGGUGCACCCACUGCAUGUCUUUCAAGACCCCACAGUGGAGGGCUGGUCCUUUGGGGCCUAAGACUCUAUGCAACGCCUGCGGUGUGAGGUUCAAGUCUGGCAGGCUGCUUCCGGAGUAUCGACCGGCCAACAGUCCAACUUUUGUGAGUGACAUGCACUCUAAUUCUCACAAGAAGGUCUUGCAGCUGAGGCAGUCCGUUGAACACAAUGGGAGGUGAGAUGAUGGUCAAGAACAUCUCCAGAACCUGUCGCAUUGGAGCUUACAGGCUCUUAGAUUGUAGAGGCUCUUAGAUUGUAGUCUAGUCGAUGCCGAGAAAAUGAGAGCUGAAGCUGGAUAGGUCUUGGUUGAACUCGUUCUAGCAGUGUUUUACUUCAGAGACCGAUUUGCUAGGUGUUCGAGAUGUUAAAUUGAAUACCAUUUGGUGGUUGCUUCAAUAUUAUCCUGAAUUGUUUUA